AACAGGAAUACACUUGACCAUUUCUGGAAAGUCAGUGAAAAUAUACAGCGGUAUAACAGAAGUGAAGAGAUGGUACAAAUUAAGAAAAUGUUGGAUAACAAUUAAUGAAUAUGCAUGAAGCUCUACUAAUGUAAUACUAUUUGGCACCCCACAAACUUUUUUCAUGCUUUGCUUUACGUUUGAAUAUGGCUCAAUGUUCCAAAAAAAAAUAAAAAAAUUGGGAACCCCUGAUCUAAGACAAUAAACCAGGUGUGGCUGCUGAAUAAUAAGCGACCAUCUUGCAGCUGUAGCUAGAGAAUUAAAGACUCGGUCAUCCUAUCAUUUAUCCAUAGCGUUUCCACGUGUUCCUUUUAAAUCUUGGCCACCCUGUUACCAGGACACGGAAGCCACGAAUGACCUUUAUAACUGCAGCAUGAAACCACCAAGUGCCCAUCGCUUUACACGGUGUUAUUUUAAUUAAACACAAGAGGGCGCAAUGUAUAUACUAAUCGAAGCUGGAAUGAGCUCACGUGUUCCACUACGGCAGCUGCUAGUGGCCAAAAAACUUAUCAACGCCAGGAAGUCCUGUUAGUUUUCUUGUGUGUGUUUUUUUUCGUGCUGUCCAUUUAUCACGCCGCAAGCGUAGUGUUACGGAACGGAAGAACCUGGCAUUUAGACUAUCAUGGAAAAGAGUGUAAGAUCACGCAGAAGGGAAGACAAUGAAUCUUUCUAUAAUCCUAUACUUCCAAUUCACAAAUGGAAGGAUGAGCUUGUUAGGGCUGCCAAAGAUAAUUCAUUCCUUAUUGUGAUGGGUGACACCGGGAGUGGGAAGACAACACAACUGCCACAAUAUUUGUACAAAGCUGGAUUUGGAAAGAAUGGAAUGAUUGGUGUCACUCAGCCACGCCGUGUGGCUACUAUAUCCGUGGCACAAAGAGUAGCUGAAGAAAUGAAUUGUUCUCUGGGAAGCACGGUUGGUUACCAAGUUCGUUUCGAUGACUGUACAUCAGAGAGGACUGUGAUUAAAUACAUGACUGAUGGAUGUUUGCUAAGAAAUACGCUGGCUGAUCCUGAUCUAACGAAAUACAGUACAAUUGUAUUAGACGAAGCUCAUGAACGAAGCUUAAGUACGGAUAUCUUGUUUGGUUUGCUGAAGAAGCAAUUCCAGCUAGGAAGCCGCAAAAGGAGAAAGUACCCUCUGACAGUUAUUGUAAUGUCUGCUACUUUGGAAACUCAAAAACUCUCUUUGUUUUUUGGAAAUUGCCCUGUUGUAACCAUCCCAGGAAAACUUUUUCCAAUUAAGGAGCGAUUCCUUAAUCUUAUUGGCCCCAGGGACAAAGACAGUACAGCAUAUGUUACAGAGACAGUGAAAGUUACUCUACAGACCCACUUAAAUGAGACUGAAGGUGAUAUUCUGGUAUUUCUUACAGGCCAGGCUGAAAUAGAGAGAGCAUGCAAUUUACUGUUCAAAAAAGCUGAGGCAAUUGACUAUCGGCAUGAUUUGUAUGACCGUUCUGUCGAAGGCCUGCUAAUUCUACCACUAUAUGGGUCUAUGCCAACAGAUCAACAGAAAAGAAUAUUUCUUGCACCCCCAGCAGGCAUAAGAAAAUGUGUCUUGUCCACAAAUAUUGCAGCAACAUCUGUAACCAUUGAAGGGAUAAGGUAUGUGGUAGACAGUGGAUUUGUGAAGCAGUUAAACUAUAACCCCAGAGCUGGACUGGAUAUUCUGGAAAUUGUUCCAAUCUCAAAGAGUGAAGCUGUGCAGAGAGCUGGAAGAGCAGGUAGAACUGCACCUGGGAAGUGUUUUAGAAUUUACAGUGAGGAAUUUUGGGAGAAAUGUAUGCCUGAUCAUAUGAUACCUGAUAUUAAGAGAACCAGCCUAGCUUCUGUUAUUUUGACCUUGAAGUGCCUGGAAAUCCAUGAUGUCAUUAGAUUUCCCUAUCUUGAUCACCCUGAAGAAAAACACAUUUUAGAGGCACUUAAAAAGCUUUACCAGUGUGGUGCAAUUGACAGAACUGGCUGCGUAACAAAGCUGGGGCAUUUCAUAAUGGAAUUCCCUCUGUCUCCCAAUCUGGCUUGUGCUGUUAUCAAAGCAACAUCUUUUGGAUGUCAAGAACUUCUGCUUCCAGUGGCUGCAAUGCUUUCAGUUGAACAUGUGUUCAUACAAUCUGGAGAAUCUCAAAAACAAAAGGAAGCUGGGCAAGGACAUGAAGAGUUAUCCCAACUGGCUGGUGGCUGCAAUGACUUUGCUACUCUGCUUUAUAUAUUUGAACAGUGCAAAACUAGCCCAAAGCCUGCAGCAUGGUGUCAUAAAAAUGGAAUUCACUGGAGAGCUUUAAAAUCUGCACUGAAUGUGGAAAAGCAGCUUAAAGAGAUAGCAAACAGACUAAAAGAGAAUAAGGACUUUCCAGUGGAAAAGUUUGAUGGUCCCAGAAAUGAGAUGCUCCGACACUGUCUUUGUGCCGGUUACUUCUCCAAUGUAGCUAGGAGGUCUGUGGGACGAACAUUUCGUACAAUGGAUGGACACGGCAGCAUUAUACACAUCCAUCCUUCAUCUGCUUUAUUUGGGAAGGAAUCUCAGCUGGAAUGGAUUCUCUUUCACAAUGUCUUGGUCACUUCUAAAAUAUUUGUCAGAACAGUCUGUCCUAUUCGCUACGAAUGGGUGAAAGACCUGCUGCCAAAAUUACAUGACAUUGAUGCCUAUGAAUUAAGUAAUGUUGCCAGAGAAGAGGUGACUGCUGAGGAAAUUCUCAAGUGGGAGUCCAAGGAAGAAACAAAACAUCGUAAUGAUGGGACAGAAGAAGCACUAAACAAAAUCAAGAAAAGAAACGAUGAUAAAUCCAUAUCAGAUGCAAAAGCUCGAUACCUACAAAGGAAGCAGCAGAAGUCUGAAAUGCUAAAGAUGGAGCCAAGCUGACAAAUCUACAAAGACCAGAACUCGUGCUCACACUAUACAGCUACAGGAGAUGAACCAGCCAGACAUUGUUAACCCAGGGAACAGCUUAUUUGCUGCUGAUGGGAGAUGUAGUUUAGCAACACCUGAAGAGCGGAGGGUGGGCAGACUUACAUGCAUAACACUGUGACAUAUCAUCUGGUACUGAAAAUGCCUUGAACAAAUGUACUGUACAUUAUAUCAUUGGAACUAGAAAAUUGUACAGUUGGGCUGCUAAUUUAUGAUGUGUGCAGACAUGCCCUUUUUUAGAUGUUUUUGAAAGUCUUAAGUGCCAGAUUUGAGUUUAGCCUAUAUUAGGAAUUAUAACCCUAUUAAAUACCAUGGUAUUUUCUAGCCCGUCUUGAAGUUUUGUCGCUCUCUAAAACACCAGUUCAGCCUUUGCAGUAGUCUUAUCAAAUAUUUAUUUUAUCUAUCUCUUUCUGUUAUUUCUGAAAAAGCAAUUGCAAACAAUGAUAAAAGGGCAGUAGUGAUACAGUGGUAACGGUAGGAUCUAUUAUCCGGAAAAUGCAUGAUAUUAAGGAUUUUUCAUAUAAAGGGAUCUUUCUGUAAUUUGGAUCUGUAAAAUAUUUUUUAUUUUCUUUUAAAUAAACAAGGAUGCCAACAAUAUAUUUACUUAUUACUGUUAAAAAAAAAGAAUAUAUAGAUAUAGAUAGAUAUAUAUAGAUAUUGGCAUUGGACCUGUUAUUCAGAAUGCUCGGGACCUGGGGUUUUCUGUUUUUUUUGUUUUUUUUUGGGUCUUCAUACCUUACAGGGGACCCGUCACCCAAAUAAAUUAGUCAAAAUCCUAUUUUAUCACAUUAGUCAAGCAAAAUUAACUUUAAUAACCGUAUAUAAAUCAUUUGAAUCUGGUUUCCUUCAGUCUGGGAAUUCAUAAUUAUAGCAAGCAGGCAGCAGCCAUUUUGUGGACACUGUUAUUAAGGCAAUCAGAAUCAGAACCUUGCUUGGGCACCAGAAUGGAGGACCCAAAGUCCAUCCCCAUGCCCUGGUUACACAAUUAAAUGGUGAAGAGAACUGGGGGAAUGUGGGGAGAGCAGUGACAUCUAGGAAGUGCUGAAUGGAAAGUGAACAGACAAUAUUUGAUUGACAGCUGAGAUGUUUAAAUGAGCUUACAGCAGCUAUGAAUGCUUCAAUAAAAAAUAGAUAUUGGAUUUCAUGUUUCAUUUGAAAAGGAGUUUUAUUUUACAGAUUUUUGUGUCUGGGUGACCGGUCCACUUUAACUUUAGUAUAGAAUAAUUUCAAAAGCCAAUAAACCCAAUAGGCUGGUGUUGCUUCCAAUAAGGAUUAAUUAUAUCUUAGUUUGGAACAAGUUCAAGAUAUUACAUAAAAAAAGGAAAUCAUUUUAUAAAAUUUGGAUAAAAUGGAGUCUAUGGGAGACGGCCAUUCUGUAAUUCAGAGCUUUCCGGAUACUGGGUUUCCAGAUAACAGAUCCCAUACCUGUGUGUGUGUGUGUAAAUAGAUAUAUAAAGGAAGAAAGUGUUAUGCUACAGAUAUUAUAGAUAUCCCUAUUAAAGGGGAAGUUAUGUUGUAAAUGUGCCCAUUCUCCACAGUUAUUUUGCCAGUCUUGAUUUUUGUAUUACUUGCCAUCUCAUUUUAAAAUGCUACCUGCUUGUCAGACUCACUGACUCUGGGAACAAAACAUAUUUUCCCUAUGAGGCUACAUUUUUGUUACUGUUACUUUUUAUUGCUUAUUUUAAAAUAGAGCCACUCAUCUUUCCAUUUUCUAUACUGACUUCCAAGCCACUAACUGGCUGUUGGUUUACACAGGCAAAGAAUAAUGAAGGUUAGUGGGCUUAGCUGCUAAGGAUGCUACCUACCAUAUAGACUUGUCCCAUAGAAAAGCAUUCUGUUGUGGCAUAUGAAAGCUUUAAUAAUGACUGAAUGAAUUGAGAAUUGUUUUAGAAUUCCGUUAGCCUUUCUCUAGAGAAGUGAAUCAUUAGGGAGUGCUUUAAAAGAAUACUGUCCUGAACCUUAUGUUCUUGUUUUUAAUGCUAUUCUAUAUUGUGUGCUUUGUAAAUAAUUGAUUUUGCUAAAUAAAAGGUUAUUCGUCAGACUAA